AUGCCCAGUAGCUGUUGUUUUGUUUAUACACCGGUGUCGUUGCCUGCUGGACGCCGCCGAAGUGUGGCCGACGCCAGCCGGACUCCGAAAACAGCCUGAAUUACCUCUGCGGGUAAAAUAAUGUCUGUGAAACACGCCAUGCGCCGCGGGCUGGAGUUGGGCCGGUCGGUCUUUCAGCUGGGUCUCCUCAAAUCCGCUGGCCGACUCGCAGCGAGGCUCCGAGCUGACCGCUUCCGUGUAGGCCCGUCGGUCCGCACCGUUCAGCCUCAGGCUUUCCUGCCGUCUCGGUACCGCUACUACCGCACCUCUCUGCGGGGUCUGGCAGCCCAGCUUCAGUCGGCCGGCUUCAUGAGGAGGUUUGCCGGCGGGUCCCCGCGCAACAGGGCCGUGUUUUUGGCUUUCGGUCUCGGCGUGGGGCUCAUCGAGCAGCAGCUUGAGGAUGACAGAAAGAGUGCGGCGACAUGUCAGGAGAUCCAGGCUGUGUUUAAGAAGAAAAGGUUCCAGAGCCCACUCAAGCCAUUCACCUCUGGAUAUAAACUGGAGGAUUACAUCAUUGGGAAACAGAUUGGGAAAGGCUCCAAUGCAGCGGUGUACGAGGCUGCAGCUCAGUUUGCCCCGCCAAAGGAGAGCGACAGCGAGGGCUCUGUGGUGCAGCUGAGUGAAGAUGAAGAGGAAGGAGAGAAGGGUCGAUCUCUGACAUGCUGCUCACUGAGAAGCUUCCCUCUGGCUGUCAAGAUGAUGUGGAACUUUGGGGCAGGUUCAUCGAGCGAGGGCAUAUUAAAAUCCAUGUCACAGGAGCUAGUGCCUGCAGGCCCUCUGGCCUUAAAGCAGGAGAAAGAACAAAUGACUCUGGAUGGACAAUUUGGAGUCCCGCCCAAAAGAGUGUCAGCUCACCCUAAUGUGAUCAGAGUGUACCGGGCUUUCACAGCGGACGUCCCAUUGCUACCAGGUGCCCAGGAGGAGUACCCAGACGUGCUGCCGGCCAGGCUUAACCCUGCCGGUCUGGGCAACGAUCGCACUCUUUUCCUGGUCAUGAAGAACUACCCGUGCACGUUGCGUCAGUACCUGGAGGUGUCCACGCCAGGUGGCAGGCAGGGCUCUCUGAUGGUGCUGCAGCUCCUUGAGGGGGUCGACCAUCUGUGCAGACAGGGCGUCGCUCACAGAGAUCUCAAAUCAGACAACGUGCUGUUGGAAUUUGACUCAGAUUGUUGCCCUCGUUUAGUGAUUUCUGACUUUGGCUGCUGCCUGGCCCAGAGUGACUCGAGUCUACAGCUGCCCUUCAACAGUAUCUGGGUCAACAGAGGAGGGAAUGCCUCGCUUAUGGCACCUGAGGUGGCCACUGCUGUUCCAGGGUGUGGUGUGGUGAUCGACUACAGCAAAGCCGAUGCCUGGGCUGUGGGUGCCAUCUCCUACGAGAUAUUCGGCCAGUGCAACCCCUUCUAUCGAGCGGUGGGACUGCAGAGCAGGAGCUACGAGGAGGGGCAGCUUCCGUCUCUGCCCUCCCGUGUUCCAGCUGAUGUGCAGUUAGUGGUCCGACUGCUCCUCAGGAGGAACCCAAGCAAGCGCCCCAGUGCCCGUGUCGCAGCUAACAUGCUACACCUCAGCCUCUGGGGACGGAAGGCCCUGGCGAAUCAGGACAGUGCAGGCAUGAGGAAGCUGGCUGACUGGCUGCUGUGCCAGUCUGCUGUGGUGCUCCUGAAGGGCUGUCGUGGUCCCUUUGGGAACAGGGUGGAGGAGGAGCUUCAGAGGAGCUUUCUGUCUAACCUGGACCUGGAGGACCUGCGCACCGCUGUGGGCUUCCUGCUGUAUGGACGAGAGCAGCGUCAGGCCUUCAUACUGUCUGCAUAGAUACUCUAAAUCACGUAACUUAGAAACCUUCAUGUGGAUAGACUGGGAGGCUAGAGUUAAAACUGGCUUUCAUAUACAGUACACCUAUAUUUCUAAUAUUUAGUCUUAGCCUGUACAUCUGAUGGCUACUCAGAGGAGCAAAAGCGCUGUACUCCUACAUAGUUGUACACCAACUGUGGCUGUAGUGUAUUCCAGCAUUUAUUGUGAAUUGUUAAAUGGUGUAAUUCACCUUUUUGCUAUUCCUGGUCCACCCUAACCCAGUGCCGUCUACUGCUGCCGAAGUUGCUGAUCUGCAUCUCCCAGAAUGAGUUUAUCACAAAUUUGUGAAUUUGUUUCACUCGGCAUCACUACACCAUCGGCAGGAGUCGAACAAAGUGCUACUAGCGCCGCUAAUGCAAAAUGCAGUGUGUCUUCUGGGUGCUGUGCAUCACAGACAAUAACAGCUACUGUGAUUGGAGGAAUGAGCUUGGCUCCCCUGUUUUUUCUAAGGUUAAUAUCUUCAUAAAUGAGGGAUGUUUGUCAGACAACUAAAUAAGGCCAGAAAAGCAAGGGCUACUGGCUACUGGUAAUUCUGCUAUAAUAGAGGAUAUAUUUUCUUUUACAAGCUCUACUGCACUAUUUGCGAGGCAAGACCCCACACCCGCACAGUUGUUGUUACCUGUGUGUUUGACGAAAAUUUGGUCUGUGUAGGACCGAAAAAGGUGAAGGCAAGUGCAGAUAUUUUACAUUAAAGUUACAAUAUGCUGUACUUGUUAGACUCUACUGUGUAGGGUGACGUUAAGUUUUACAUCUUCACAGGUAUGACACACCACAUAAACUGCUUGUUUGUCCAUCAAAUCGCCAUGAAACGGCUGGUUUCCAGUGGGUGUCGGUGUAAGGCAGUGAGUCAAACGAUCGCUGAUACUCCUGUUCUGCACGACGUGAUGCAUUUGAACACCUCCCCGUCAUGUUACAACAUGAAAAUCACCAUGACGCAGAUGGAACGCAUGGAUCUUGUUCUGGUUUUUGAUCCCGUGGUUUGCACUUUAUGUCCAUGUUUGCACUUUCUCAGAGCCACUGGUAUGAUUUACUGGUGUUUGUUUGUUUCUUGCUUAUAUAUACGAUACCAAUUAUAUUCCAGUAAAUUGAUUUGAAUAGAGUGACUUAACCUUUCACACUUAGGGAUACAAGAUAAAGAGUGCGUGUACUGUUUUCAUACUAAUGAUGGUGAGAAAUAUUUUUGGAUAUUUGUAGAUUUUUCUGCCGUGUUGUAGAAUAAAGGUAUGUGUCUGAAA